GACGGACGUGAAUUGCGCAAGGGUGAUGGAAACUAUGAGAUACAGACCAUGGUCGGAAUUAGUUCUUUGGAACUGUAUAGCUGUACCGAACAAGAUUCCGGACGCUACUCAUGCGUGGCUAAAAAUAACCGUGCUAGCCGCGUUCGACGAUUCCUUAGUGCACAGACUGGCGAUCGACGCCUGCGUUCAAGUAGUCAACAGCCAACCAGCUACCGAUCAGAUGCUAGCAGAAGUCGCUUUGAUUCACUGACUCGUAUUUCCGAACGUCAUGCUUCGGAGACUCGGGAGAUCCGCGAGGUCCGCGAGACUCGUGAGGUUCGAGAAACAGUAGACGGUUGGGAAACACGAAGAGAAUCACGAACGCUGAAACAUAUAGUGGAACGUCGAGAUUCGACCACAAGCAGUGAACAGGCUCCUCCCACACCCAAAGAAACUGCUCCUCGAGUUCAGCAAGAGUUGAAAGCACCACCCACAUUGCAAGCUGGUCAAUCGUUAGACUUGAGUGUGAUAUUUAUGGAAUCAAAAACACCGUCAACCAUUACGUGGCUUCUGAAUGGUGUGGAUAUCACCUCUGAUCCAGACUUCAACAUCACCACAUCCUCAGACGGACGAACAAGCCGACUGACUGUGCAAUUCGUCACAUCCAAACACUCCGGAUUGUAUGAGGUGCAGGCCGUGAACUCGAUGGGCACUUCGUCCAGCCGAACACGUGUCACCAUUGAAACUUCCGAAUCCGUUAUCCCGACUGAAGCCAACCUAACAGAAUCUGCCGUGGUAGAUCAACACGACCAAGUCAUGGUGAAUGGCAUAGACCAAAAGUCCACCACCGUGGUGCGCGAACGUAUUGUCUAUGUGGAACCGGAACAAACUGCUCCCGUAUUUCGACAACAUCCGAUCUCACAAAGUGUAGCCGAAGGAAGUAAUGUGGUGCUCGAAUGCCGCGUAGAUGCCAAUCCAUAUCCAGAAAUCACAUGGCUGCAUGAUGGUGCCCCAAUCACAUGCGGACAUGCAUUUAGUCAGGAGAAUGAAUACAGUCGCCUCGAACUGAUGGAGGUAUUGCCGGAAGACUCCGGUUCGUAUGAGUGCUUCGCAGUAAAUCCUGUGGGUAAAGCUCAAAGCACGGGAUAUGUUCACGUGAUCCCCACCGACGAGGUCCCACCGCUGCCCCGAUUCAUCACUUUCCCACAAUCCACCACACUGAAAGAGAAUGAAUCAAUCCGACUGGAGUGCUCUUUCUCCGAAUCUCCUGUAACCAAAGUUGAAUGGGAACGCAAUCAUGUGCCGAUUGACGAAAGUUGUAUACAGUUCGACGAGACCUCCCAAACCUGUUCCUGUCAACUGACCGACUUGAAACCGAUCAAACAUAGUGGAAACUACAGUAUCGUGGCCUCGGACGCUUCCGGAUCUAAAGCCAAGUGGUCUUUUUCCCUACAAGUGAUCCCACUUCCUUUCGACGAGACAGCUCCAACGAGUUAG